GAUGUUCUCUGCUGAUUCUAACCAAACUCUUUGUUGAAAAUUUUUUUUUUUUUUGCAGAGACAUGCUCUGUUUUUAUGUAAGUUUUAUUGAUAUUAAUUUGGUUCAGUCUUAAAUAUCUACUUUUGGGUAUUUAAAUCGGUUCGAUAUGAAUGAGUCAAUAGAGUACGAUAUCAACGAUGUAAAAAGAUUUCGGGACAAUAAAGGCCAUGGAUAUGGAAGACGUCUUGAGAGACAAAGAAUUAAGAGAAAACAUGAUCGGCCCGAGGAUCUUGCAUUUAUGGAAGAAUCUAAAACCGUAGUAAUGGAUAGUGGAGCGUAUACUAUUAAAGCAGAGCUAGCUUGUAGAAAUGAACCAAUUUAUAUUCCAAAUUGCAUAAUGAAGGCAAAAGCAGAAAGAAAGAGACUAUUUAUUGGUAAUCAGAUUGAUGAAUGUAGAGACUGUUCAGGUUUAUUCUAUUUGCUACCAUGUGAGCGUGGCUAUAUAACAAAAUGGGAAGUACAGAAACCAAUAUGGGAUCAUGUUUUUAAUAAAGCUAUAGGACCUUUGAAUGAUAAAAAUAUUUUAAUGACCCAACCAUUGUUUAAUUUUAAAAAUAUCCAAGAUUGUAUGGAUGAAAUAUUUUUUGAAGAGUAUGAAAUUGCUUCUAUGUAUAGGUGUAAUCCUUCAGACUUAGUAGCACUUAAAUAUGGACAGGAAUUGGGUAAAAGAAGAGGAACUUGCAUUGUUGUUGAUUCAGGCUAUAGUUUCACUCACGUAGUUCCAUAUAUAAAUGGACUCAAAUGUUCAAAUGCUAUAAGAAGGCUUCACAUUGGGGGUAAGAUGUUGACCAAUCACAUGAAGGAUAUAUUAUCAUAUAGGCAAUAUCAUGUUAUGGAAGAAACUUAUGUUAUAAAUCAAGUCAAAGAAGAUACAUGUUUUGUGUCUGAAGAUUUCAAAACAGAUUUAAGAAUUGCCAGUGAACCAUUUCCAAAAAAUCAUAUAGUCAGAAAUUAUAUUUUACCAGAUUUCAAUACAAUCCGAAGAGGGUACAUACAAGACCCUUACAGAAAAGAUGAAUUACAUGAGAAUUGUCAAGUUCUCAAACUUAAUAAUGAACGUUUCGCUGUACCUGAAAUAUUGUUUACACCUUCAGAUAUAGGAAUCACUUCUGUUGGUCUUGUAGAUUGUAUCAUAGAUUCAAUCAAAUUGUGUCCUAAAAAAUAUCAUGAAAUUUUAGCCAAAAAUAUAGUGCUAGUUGGCGGUAAUGCUCUACUCCCAGGAAUCAAGAAUAGAAUCAUCAAAGAAUUCCAAAGUAAAAUGCCAACAAAUUGGAAUUUGGGUAUUACGGUUCCUGCAAAGUCUACUAUGUAUGCAUGGCAAGGUGGAAAAUCUUUUUUGAAGCAAGCAGGGUGUAAUAAUUUCUUUGCAACUAAAAAAGAAUAUGAGGAGAUGGGAUCAUCUGCAAUUCAAAAGAAAUUUAAUCAGUGGACGAUUUUCAAAGAAGAGGAACGCAAAGUGACUUCAGAAAUCAAACCUAUUAGUUUGAUAGAUCAUGUAAACAAGUUGAACGUGUUCAACAAAAAUGGAGACCCAGAGGACUAUGAACAAAGCGAUUUUCAAAAAAUUUUCACUAAUGACUCUACCUGCUCUUUGAAUAAAAGUCCAUUCUUAGAGGAAUCAGGAAGUGCACCCUCUUUUGGCAUUUUCGACGAGAAGAAUAGUGUGGUAUUGACUCCGCCUUCUUCAGAAAAAUCAUCAGAGAUAUCAGUCGGCUCAGAAUAUAUUUACAAAUUGAAAUCAAAUCCCGUAGAGUGUCCUAAAGUUAAAUACUUUUUCGAUAAUGAAGACUCUGUAGAGGAAAGUCAACUGUUGCUGUAAUGUUUACAAAUCCUUGUUAGUCGAAUAAUUUUUUCAAUAUUCUCUCAACAAUUUAUAAUGCAAUUUUAGAAUUCAUAACUUAUUAUUUCAAUUCUAUUCAAAACUAAUUAUUUAUAUACAAUGUAAAAACAAAAACUUUUAAAAAACUGCAAUUAGAAGCAUUAAAGAAUAUGUAUAGAUCA